AGUCCAAUGAGAACAACCUGGCCGAGCUGAAGAGUCCGCGCUUGGAGCCCAAGAUUCACCUGGACCUGCCCUUCCAGAUGCUGGACUGGAACAGCGGCCUGAGCUCGGAGAAGAUAAGCCACAACCCCUGGAGCCUCCGUUGCCACAAGCAGCAGCUCAGCCGCAUGCGCUCCGAGUCCAAGGACCGCAAGCUCUUCAAGUUCCUGUUGCUUGAAAACGUGGUCCACCACUUCUCAUACCCGUGCAUCCUGGACCUGAAAAUGGGCACCCGGCAGCACGGUGACGACGCCUCCGAGGAGAAGGCAGCCAGGCAGAUGAAGAAGUGCGAGCAGAGCACCUCGGCGACGCUGGGGGUGCGGCUGUGCGGCAUGCAGGUGUACCAGCUGAACACGGGCCACUACCUCUGCAGAAACAAGUACUACGGGCGCGGGCUGUCCGCUGAGGGCUUCGGCCAGGCCCUGCAGCAGUACAUGCACAACGGGCGGGGCCUGAGGCGGGACCUCUUUGAGCCCAUCCUCCAUAAGCUGCACAGCCUCAAGGCGGUGCUGGAGCGCCAGGCGUCCUACCGCUUCUACUCGUCCUCGCUGCUCAUCAUCUACGAGGGGAAGAAAUCCGAAGCUCCCGCAAGUGUCAACUCUGGGCAGCUCGUCGCCAGGCAGAAGACCGCGGAGGAGCUCCACGGCGGCAAUCCUGGGCCCGUCGCACCGCCUCCACCGGCAGCCGGCGACACCCCGCGUGCUGCGGACCCUCCGUCCCAUCCGGACUCCUCUUCCUGCCCUGCGCUCCCCUUGACCCCGCUCCCACCGUCCCCCUCCGCCCCAUCACCCCAGCAGCAGCAACAGCCCCCCCUGGUAGACGUUCGCAUGAUCGACUUUGCCCACUCCACCUUCAAAGGUUUCCGUGGAGACACAGCAGUCCACGAUGGGCCCGACCGAGGCUACGUGCUGGGCCUGGAGAGUCUGAUCCAGAUCCUCGAGGGUCUGCAGGCGGAAAGCCACCAGUGAACACUCGAGUCUAACUAUGGUAGUUGAAGUAUUCCCCCCCCACACACACACACACACACAUUCCCUCCCUUUGCAGUGUUGUCAUAGCAACACCUGUCCUCAAGCAAAACAGCCAGGAGGGGGGAGAGUGAGCAAGUAGACAAACUGUUGCGGCUGAACACACAUUCGUCGACACUCAAGCCUGUGAAAGCAGACGUUACUCCUCCCAAGUGAUGCUGUUCUGUAUUUGAAAUGAGAAAUCCCUAGUUGAGAAUUUUCCACCUAUGGAGAAAGCAUCCGAAACGCCUAUGUAGAAGGGAAUGUCAGAAUGAAAAGUUUCGCCCCUGACUCAGAGGCAAGACCCGGGUGGCUGGGUUCUGCGCACGCUAGCAUUCUGUAUCUCCCGUUAUGUCUCUGUUGCGACAUUUUGCUGCGUUGAAAGGAGCAGAAAAUUUUCUGCAUGUUUUGCUGAAACUGUACCGGCCUGGCAAUUUUCCGCCUUCGGGGUUAGUAGAGGAUCUGUGUAAGCGGGAAGCUAAUGUAAAGUCUGACAACCAACACAUAUUUCCCGGUAGUUGUAGUUAAGAGAGGCAGGACAGCUGUUAAUUUUUGGGUGCGGAUACAUUUGUGAUCUUCGGUUGCGAGUCUGCCAUUUGUGUGUGAAAAAGGCAACCGACUGGUAGAUUCCCAGAUUUCCCCUCUUUGGCGGUCGUACCAGAGGUGAAAGGGCAGCUAUGUGAGAACGAGUAGCAGAAAAGCCGCGACAGGGAGGUGAAAUUUUAUACCCCACACGUCUCCUGCUGGGGAUGAUGUCAUCUAAUCAUCUGAUUAUGGGUUUGAAUGGCGGCCAUUUUGCAGGAUCAUUUACACAGUCCCACUCGGACGGGAAAUGCAGAAAUGGAAUAAGGGGAGUCACAAAUUUACUGUCUUUCAAAGUCCUACCCAAAGGUAGAGCAGCCAAUGUGUGCGGGAUGCCAUGUCGCGGCAAUAUCUCACCUCGGCUGAAUUCCGUGUGAAAGCCAGAGGCGGAUACGGUGUUGAAUCUUUUGUUGCCACCCCAUCCUUCCGUCUCAAAACAUUGCAGGUGGCAUCUUUUAAAGCAAUAGCUUUUUUUUUUUUUUUUUGUCUUCUUGCCUUUUCAUCAGCAGGGAGGGAGGGCAACAUGGCCCCCCGGGGGCAACAAUACGCAGGUGCACCCAAGGAGUCAACGUCA